CUUAUUGAUUAUCAGCCUGGAUCAAUUUUCUUUCUAAAAAAUGGCGAUGGUUCCUGGGCAGCUGAUAUGGGAGAUUGCAGGAAGACCAAUUCGUUUCUGGUAAAGUAGUUCGGGAAUGGAACCAUGAGUGUGCAAUUCAGCAAGGAGCCUAACAAUCUUCAUAACUUGAACUCUGCGCCUGCGUCUUAUUGAAAUCUUUGACAUCAAGCGGCUCCAAAUGCGGUAUGCCACUUCAUUGAUUGGGAGCUUCUACGCUAGCUACUUUUGUGGCCGUGUAUGCUUUUUUCGGGCCAACAUAUCCUGGAGUUUAUGACAAAGACCGGGGCAUGUACACUCUAUUUUACCCAGGAUUAUCCUUUGCAUUUCCAAUUCCCUCACAGUAUGCACAGUGCUGUCAUGACCGGGAAGCUGAGCUCCCGCUGGAAUUUCCGGAUGGAACAACUCCGGUUACUUGUCGUGUCUCAAUUUAUGAUUCGUCCACAGACCGUAAGGUUGGUGUAGGAUCUUCAAUGAUGAAGGCAUGCGUUCCUCCAUUAGCAGCUGGCAGUCUUUACAUGGAAGAAGUUGUGGUGAAGCUUUAAAAACAGUGGAGAAAUGUAUCCAAAUUGGGUGUCGAAGAAGGAUGGAGAGCAUUAGAAAUUCGAUGGAACGAGGGAAGGGAGUAAAUGGGUGUUGUCCAUCGAUGCAUAGAUCUUUGAGGUUGCACCGGAUUUUCAUCUGGUCAAGAUGAAGAAGGCGAACAUAGAUACAUUGGAGUAUCAUAAGGGAGUGAAGGAGGAGAUAAGGUCGUCGUUGAAGGAUAUUAUUUGGACAUGGCAAGGGGAGGAGCCGCCGCCUACACCACCACAACAACACGAAAAAAUAGAGUUUCAUACAUCUCAGAUUUCAGAGUUAUUACCGUAGAAGCUUUAGGUUUAUGAUUGUGAUUUAGAUAUUUAUGUAUCGUAUUUUUCCUUAGGCAAGAAUUUAUUCCCUUUGAUUUUU